CGGGUUCUGGGCUGCACAGAGAGGGACGCUGGGAUAGCAGAGGAGAGGCGGUUUGUUAGGCACGAUUGCCACUCGUUGCGCGUCCUUAUAAUUUGGAGAGGUGUAUGCCGCGCACGGCCCGUUCGCCUUUCCAGGUGAAGAUCCAGGAGGAGCUGAGAGAAAUUUAACUUGGGCGAUCGCUGAACCCGGUUCAGGACAGGUGACAUUCCCAGUAGGCUGCGUUUAAGGCCACAGGAUCGAUUCAGAUGUGAGGAAAUGCGUUUGCGCUCGGGUCAUGGAUGAAGGCCAACUUUUACGCCGAGGAGGUUCAACUCCAACCAUCUGAACUGUGAUUGUCUCAAGGAAUAUCACAACAUUUUUAUUUUGGAUUCUUUUUUUAAUUAUUUGCAUCAAAACCCAGCUGACUAAAAUGCCAAAGAAGACGAGACAAAGCCGCGUGGAGACGUUAAAAUAAGGAGCAUCAUUUCCCGCGAGCGAGCUCGAGGACACCGAAAACGACGCCAAAAUGAAGGAGAAAUCCAAAACAGCCGCAAGGACUAGACGGGAAAAGGAGAACAGUGAAUUCUAUGAACUGGCUAAAAUGCUGCCUCUGCCUUCAGCCAUCACGUCUCAGCUUGAUAAAGCCUCGAUUAUAAGACUGACAACGAGUUACCUGAAGAUGAGAAUCGUUUUCCCUCAGGGUCUUGGUGAGGCUUGGGGUCAUUCAAGUCGAGGGAGAACUUUGGACAAUAUUGGACGGGAGCUGGGUUCUCAUUUACUGCAGACUCUGGACGGAUUCAUCUUCGUCGUGGCUCCGGAUGGGAAAAUAAUGUACAUUUCAGAGACAGCUUCGGUGCAUUUAGGCCUAUCUCAGGUAGAGUUGACCGGGAACAGUAUUUAUGAAUACAUCCAUCCUGCAGACCACGAUGAGAUGACAGCUGUGCUGACGCCGCACCAGCCUUUCCACUCACACUUUGUCCAAGAAUAUGAAGUGGAGCGUUCUUUUUUCUUGAGAAUGAAAUGUGUUUUGGCCAAAAGAAAUGCUGGACUCACCAGUGGAGGAUACAAGGUCAUCCACUGCAGCGGCUACCUAAAGAUCCGCCAGUACAGUCUUGACAUGUCGCCGUUUGAGGGCUGCUACCAGAACGUGGGGCUGGUGGCUGUGGGUCACUCUUUACCUCCUAGUGCUGUGACAGAAAUCAAACUGCACAGUAACAUGUUUAUGUUCAGAGCCAGCCUGGACAUGAAGCUCAUUUUCCUGGACUCCAGGGUAGCAGAGCUGACAGGUUACGAGCCCCAAGACCUGAUAGAGAAAACCUUGUACCAUCACGUCCACAGCUGCGACAUCUUCCACCUCCGUUGUGCUCAUCACCUCUUGCUCGUGAAAGGCCAAGUCACCACUAAGUAUUACCGCUUCCUGGCGAAACACGGCGGCUGGGUUUGGGUGCAGAGUUACGCCACUAUAGUCCACAACAGCCGCUCCUCCAGACCUCACUGCAUCGUUAGUGUCAACUACGUCCUAACGGACACGGAGUAUAAGGGAAUGCAGCUGUCGCUGGACCAAAUGAGCCCCACCAAGCCAGCCUUCCCCUAUUCUGACAGUCACAGCGAGGACAGGAAAAGCAGCAAGUCACGUCUGACACAGUCAAAGGCCAAAGCUAGAGUGUCGCCUUACCCGCAGCAGUUUUCGGCUUUUAAUCCAGAGCGUUCAGAAUCUGAUCAAGACAGCCAAUGGGGAGGGAGUCCUCUGACGGACUCUACCUCUCCCCAGCUGUUGGAUCCCAGUGAGGCUCCAGAGGCGUCUUGUGCCUACAGGCUGUAUCCAGACUCAGGCUCUCUGUGCUACGGCCUUGGCUUAUUGGAAGAGGACAUUGCCCAUGCCCAAAGUCAUCCUCACACCACCACCUGUGACCGCGUCCGAUGCCAGAGUGGCCGCUACUUCCUGGGAACCCCUCAGUCGGGAAGGGAAAUGUGGUGGGACACGACGCGCUCGGUGCUGUCGCUUCCGAAAUUCUCCGUGGAGAACAGUGACGGCUAUGAAAUCACACCCUACCAUGGCGCCAUUCACGGUCGAAGCCACUGGGAUGAAGAUAGUGUCGUGAGCUCACCUGAGGGCGGUGGCUCCACCAGCGAUUCAGGUGAUCGUUACCCUGGAGACCAAUUCCAAGCGAGCCCUCGAGAGCCCAGCAAGAUGGAGACCCUGAUCCGCGCCACGCAGCAAAUGAUCAAAGAGGAGGAGAGCCGUCUGCAGCAUCACAAGGCCCUUCUGGACGUCUCAGGCCUCACCAAGACUCAUAGCUCAUGCUUCACCCCCACGCUGUCCCAUCACUCUCAGUUCACAAUGCCCAGCGUGGUGUGCCGUGGCCCCGGCGCCCCCAGUAUCGACAUUCCCUCUGAACGCCUCCAUCACCCGGAUAGCAUAAAAGUGCUCAGCACUCACGACAACGACGAAAACACAACAAGCCCCGCGUCUUUGUCCCGUCUCAGCAGCCCCAGCUCUGAUGGAAUUUCCAGAUCCGGCCACCCCCUCACGAAAGACUACAUGCAGACUGAUCUUUCACCCCACCCUCAGCAAGCCCAGGGGAGCCCCCUGCUCUAUGCAGCCCAGGACCGCCAGCCACUGGACAGGGCUUACGCUUUGGCCGGGUAUUCCCUGGAGCAUCUGUACGACCAGGAGAACCUGCGGAGUUACUCCGGCCUGGCGUGCGGCGGCGUCCAGUACGACGUCACGUCUCACAUGAGAAUGCAGGCCGAGCAGAUACAGGGACACAAGGCCACAUCAGUUAUCAUCACCAAUGGCAGCUGACAAUAUCUGUUGCCAAUAGGUCCCCUUGUCUAGAUGAGGAUGUUGCUGACGUAUGCAUGAGAUACAAGGAUACAAGGCGCCUGUCGGGACUGAUGUUGCCCCUGCGGUUCAACCUGUACAUGCCAGGCCUUUGUACUGUCCCAUCCUCUUUUCUUUACGCUGUUUUUCCAAGACUUAAAGGAACCAAACGAAACUGGUCCUGGGAGGAAGUUAGCUUCAUUACACAGGAAACUGUAUUCGGUUCCAAUGGUGGUGAACUGGACGACCCUCCCACCAAAAGCUGGUUAAACAUCAAGCAAAUGUUUCUGUCCUGCUCCUGUCACGCCCCAUUGGCCAUGUGAGUUAAUCUGUCCUGGAUGUGAUUUCCAAAUGCAGUAGUGGGAGAAAGUGUUUUUCCGUUGUGCUUUUGCCGAAAAACUCCACCGCACAAAUGUUUGACACAUCAGAAACACCGAACGACGAGCAUUUCACUGUUGUAAGAUGUCAAUGUUUCCUAGUAUUUAUUUGUCAGUGGCCUGUUUAUGGUUUAUGUGUCUUUUUUUCUGUCAAAGUAGAAUACUUUACUGGUGGCAUUACCUUGAUUGUCGGUGUUUGGAUCACACCAUUUUUCUAGAGCUAAAAAGGGGGAAAAAGGCCUUUGAUAUGUAAAAUUAAAGUUUACAUAUCAAAGUAUUUUUUCUCUAUUUUUGCCCAAUUUAAUCGUGACUUUUUAGCACAUGGUAGAAAACGCUCUAAAAUCCUUAAAUUCUCUUCCCCCUUUUGACCCAUCUUAAAGUUUAGCAGGGAAUUAGGGAAUGAUUGACAAAUAUCUAAUAAGUGUUUGGUUUUCCUGUUUAAUUUAUGAUGUAAAUAUCAUAAAACAUUUUGGAAAAGAAGUGGUAAGAUUAUUUAUUUAAUUGGUUUAAAGAAAAAAGUAAAAGCUAAAUUUGAAUACAGUUGCAAACAAACUUUUGUCCAUGUAUAUUUUUGUCUUUUGUCAAAGCUGCUUUAAGUGAACACACAUCCAGAUUAUCCUGCUGCCUCAGAAAACCGAUAUUUAGAUAUACUGUACAUACAAAUGUAGAUGUAUAAAUAACCCAUAAAUGCGAUGACUGUG